GCAGUUUUGCUCCACUUAACUCUUUAGAAACAAACGUUGCCGCUGAAUAAUUGAUCCUUUUAAUUUCACAAUUAUUGCAUAUACAAUGCAAUCAAUUCAGAGUUCAUCGAAUUUUACGGUAAAUUUAGUAUUGUUAUUCAUAAAUAAAAGCGAUAAUUUAUUAAUGAGCAAUAAUUACAAAAGAGACAAUGGACUAAUAUUUGAAAAGUGAUGUUACUUGUUAAAAAAUAUUUAGGUCAUAACUCUUGCACAAAGACUCGGUCACGCGGUCGUCGCGUUCUAUCUACCCUCUGUAUCUGAUAAAAUAACAACAUGAGUGAGUCAGUGAUGGUAGCGGUGAGAUGUAGGCCAAUGUCUCAAAAAGAGCUGUCAGCGGGGUAUCAGAAUGCCGUCACCGUCGACCCACUUUCAAAGAACUGCACCCUCGAAGGCACCGGAGGCUCGGGCAAAGUGUACCAAUUCGACGCGGCCUUUGGCCCGGAAUGUUCCACGGAGAAGGUCUACGAAGACGUGGGUUCGGUGAUCGUCGAAGCAGUUCUCGAAGGGUACAAUGGGACUGUGUUUGCUUACGGGCAAACAGGGUGUGGAAAGUCUCACACGAUGCACGGGUUCAUCGAACGCACUCUGGAGCACAUAUUUGAGGCAACUUCGACAGCUAGUUCUGAUACUCGGUACCUGGCGCUGCUGAGUUACCUGGAAAUUUACAAUGAGCGUAUGAGAGAUUUAUUGCAGGACAAUCUAGUCGAAGGUGCUCUCCAGCUGAAAGAAGAUCCUCAGCGAGGAACUUACGUAGCUGGCGGAUUGCGCGAAGUAACAGUAAAAAACGCAUCCGAGUGUGCUAAAUUAGUAGAGCAGGGUGACAAAAAACGUGUCGCAGCUUUUACAAAAAUGAAUGCUUCCAGUUCGCGAAGUCACGCGGUCCUGACAAUAUCCCUGGAGGCAUUGGCGAUGGGCGAGAGCAGUGGGAAAAAGGGCGGCAGUGCCGUGCGAAGAGGUCAGUUACAUUUAGUAGAUCUGGCCGGUUCGGAGCGUCAAGCGAGAACCGGAGCAACAGGCGAUCGAUUAAAGGAAGCAGCGAGCAUAAAUUUGAGCUUAUCAGCGCUGGGUAACGUUAUCAGUGCCCUGGCAGCUGGUAACGGCAGACACGUGCCCUACAGAGACAGCAAGCUGACCAGGCUGCUGCGCGACAGCUUGGGUGGGAAUGCCCGGACCCUGAUGAUCGCUUGCAUCAGCCCGGCGGACGUCGACGCCGAAGAAACUCUGAGCACUCUCAGGUACGCCGCAAGAGCUCGGUGCAUCAAAAACAAACCUGUAGUCAAUGAAGAUCCCAAGGACGCGCUUCUAAGGCAGUACCAGCUUGAGUUGCAGCGGCUGAGGAAGCUGCUGGAGAGCUCGCCCAAGACUGCUGAUUACGAGGAAGACUAUGAGGAGAGGGAAGAAGCUGAGAGAGCUAAGAGAGAGCCUGAGGACACUAGCACUGCCCAGAAACUCAGGGAUGAGCUGGAUGCGCUGAGGAGUCGGUAUGAAGGCACCAAAGACAAUGAUAAUGACACUGAUCCGUUGGAGAACAGCAAGAUCUUGCCGAUGACUAGCAGGGAAGUCGAUGAACGCAGGCGCAAAAAACGGGAAGCAGCUCAAAAAGAGGUCAUGAAGAGGUUAGAGCGGCUGACGAUUGGCGGUGAAGCUCAAGGAAACACCGAGCUGAGAAAAAGGCGAGAAAGAAGAAGAAGACGACUUGAGAUUUUAGCCGCCGCUUUAGAAGCUAGCGCUCAGGAUGGCAGCGGGAGUGCAUUCGAAGUCUACGGGCAAUUGAGGACAACUGAGGACGCAUUGAAGAGAAUGGCCAAGCGUACAAAACAGCUCGAAGCUGAGGCACUGGAUUUGCAGGCAUCCUGGGACGCGGAACGACGUGAACUCCUGCGCCGUGAGCUGCUGGCAACACAGAUAUGUGAAGCUAUGAUACCUUAUCUGAGGCCAGGUUGUCCGUUCCGUGACCUCGUGGCGGUCCGCUCCUCGGCUACUUGGAGCGACGAUUUAAAUCGCUGGAGAUUACCUGACGCAUCGUUCAGGAUACCUUUGCCACCGCCGCCACCUUUGACCCGCGACGGUAAUUUUAGGUUCAAAGCAGAUCUCAAUAAUAAUAGCAAUGGAAGCAACAAUAGCGGCGAACAUAAUGACGAUGAGCAUAACAGUGAUGAUGAGUCGCGGGUGAAUGAGGCCAAGAGCUCCAAAUGGCGAGACAUUGCUGGAACUUACUUUCGCAGAAAUAGAAUUGAUGAAUUACUUGCACGUGCUCGUGAAGCUAAAACAUUUGAGGCCAGCGGACGUAUCAGUAAAUCAGGUGGCUCGGAUGACUCUGCGAGUGGCUAUCUCCAGUUGAAUGCCCUCAAUUUGCAGGGCAGUGCACCUAGCAUUAGCGAGGUCCCGGGAAAAAUACCGAUACAACCCAUAGCAAUUAAAACUGUUAGACCUGUCGGAGCUUUCAACGCUUGGUUGGUCCAAGACAACCCCGAUAAGUCUCCGGGGACGCCUCCGGCUCUGACGUCAUUGAAGAAACAUCCACCACCUCGGAUCCUCGAGGCACUUCCGUCGUACCCGCUGGACUCAGCUGAGACCCGACUGCCGUCUUUAUCGGACAUUCCUUUUCAAUCACCAGACCUCUACUAAUUUAUACAAUCAUCCAAUUUGUAUUUAAUACAAACGUAAUAACCAUGUUAAUGCUAAUGUUAAUUCAAAAUACUCGAACGUACCUCAUAUUAAUAUACUGAAAAAAAAUAUAUUUAUUUUUAUAA